CCUGCAGCGACCUGCGCGGUCCAUACACCACACCACCUAACGAUGCGGCGGCCUAUCUCCGUGCCCCUACAACCGCUGUGCCGAAGUGCUGGGCAGACUGAACCCCCGGUAGUAUUGGGCGCCAGGCUCGACACUGUGCGAUGCGCGGAUUACAAGACCUUGAGCAAGGCGCGGCAACGCGGCAACGACCUUCCAUGCUACAACUUGGAAAGCGUCAGGUCGCGGCUGCUGUGUCUCGUUGAGGUGAGCGGCACUGAGCGCUGGGGAUCGAUGCAACCCUCCCGCUUCAGAGUUCCAGCAGCGGCAAAUGGCACCCACCCAAAGGCGUGCUCAGAUCGUGCCUUCCUGAGUGGGUGGGCGCAUGCCUCGGGAAUCCGAACUCGGCUGCAACUCCCCGGUUGGACUGUGCCGCCGAGAGCCCGAAAGAAGUCCCAAUCCCGCCUGAGAGGGCAGGAGCACAGGAUCAUGCAGGCAUGGAAGCAGGCAAGCCAGCCAAGGCGGCCUUCCCCCCCGGUUUCCAUUCUGUUCAUUUCCCCUGUUCCUUCGACUUGGCCCCCGUCCGCCGCGCCAUCGCGGCCAGAACACAUCGAGAAAAUCGCAAUUGAUAAAACACAUCUAGGCGCAUUCGAUCCGAAACUGAACAGGCGAUCGAGCGAAGGAACGAACAUCGGAUCGACCGAACGGAUCGGCCGAAACAUGGCGUCGUGCCUCGGCCCCGCACUCACGAGCGUCGCGAACGGCUCUUGUUGAGCACGGAUCAUGGACUUUCUGCCUCACCCCACAUCCGGCGUCGAGCCCCUGGACAUCCCCUUCGUCGCCGACACGCCCUAUGUCUUCGGCUCCGAUUUUUGGGACUUCCCCAAGCUCCAUGGCUUCGGCGACCAGUGGGCGAGUCUGCCCGCCCCGCGCCUGGCGUCGCUCGCCCAGUCGUGGCUGUACUUCGGCACCAUCUCCGAGUUUCUUGGCAGGCCCAUCGACUACCGCGAGUUCCAGGUGUCGCGCAGCGUAUCAGGGAAGCCGUUGCUGCCGCUGCUGGACGAAUGGCUCGCUGCCCACGCCCUUCCCGUCCACGGCGCGGCGACGCAGGAUGCCGAACUCCUCGAGGAGCGGAAGCAGGUGCUCUACGAGCAUGUCAGAUUCCUCGACGCCGUCAUCCAGCUGGCUGAGGACUUUGACGGGGUCUCCCAGGGCCACGUCAAACCCAUACCAACCAUCAUCUUGUCUGUCAAGGUGCUCUGCACCACCCUGAGGAGCGUGGUGUGGGACCUGGCCCGCGGCGACAUUGAACAGACGCUCUGGCCGUGGCCGUCGCCCGCCACCCGCAUGCGCCGCGAAAUCAUCCCGGCCGCCGACUCCCCCGGGAGACAGACCCUCCGCCCCAGUGCGCAGCUGAUGCUGGAUGUACUGCGCCUGCGCGGGUGGUGCCCGUUCUACGCGCGCAGGGUCCUCACCUCCCACAACUAUGCGCUCGUUUACUACUUCACUCGCCUCUUUCGGACCUACUCCCCCGGCCUCAGCCACCAUGGCUGCACCGACGACGAGUGCGUCGCCGGUAAUGCUGAUAUCUUCAGCUAUGUCCCGAAGCACGCCCGGCGCGGCUGCCUUUGUCAGCCCAAGUCGGCGCCUAUGGAUCAAAUCCGCGCCAUCAUUGAGGAUGGCGGGAUCCCCUUAGUCCGGCUGAGAGGUUCCCCCAAGACAGGGGUCAGGAUUGAAGUGGCAAGGAUGACGGUGAGGACACGCUUCGUGGUCGUUUCCCACGUAUGGUCAGACGGAAUCGGCAACGCGCACACCAACGCGCUACCCGAGUGCCAGCUGCGACGCCUCAAGGCGCACAUGAGCCAACUCAAACCUUUGAGACGAAGCCGGGAUCCCGAUGUGGACUUCAACCUCCUCACCUCCCUCGAUACAGGCUUCCAGACGGCAAGGCAAAGACGGCCCAAGUAUCUGUGGAUUGACGCUCUCUGUAUGCCCCCCGGAGGGACGACUGCCUUUUUGAGACUCCGAGCCAUCAACAAGCUACCUGCUGUCUACCAGGCAGCCGACCGGAUCUUGGUCCUGGACUCGACACUAGAGCGAACGUCGAUGGUGGACUCCGACAGCCUCGAACUGUUUGCGAGGUUUUCGGUUAGCCCUUGGAUGGGGAGGUGCUGGACGUUCCAAGAGGCGGCCUUGGCCUCGGCGUGUGAGGUUCAAUGUUCGGACGGGACAUUUGACGCCUUCUCACCACAAAUAAAACAGAAGUUCGCUGCAUCGCCUGCAACGGUUCCACGGCUCCAGGCUGCUUGGCUAGAAGCAGCCACUGCUCCUGCGACCUGGAUCAGUAGGAAGCUAUCUCGGAAGUCGCGGACGGAGCCGAUGCAGCUGCUCGGCGGCGGGUCAUCAUCGAUGGGCGCUGAUAGCAGCACCGCCAUCAUGGCGAGCCUCACGCGGUCGCUCAGCGAGGAGUUUCGGUCCACGUUCGCGAACGGCGUCAAACCGAGCAGGAGCGCCAUUGGCGAGGGGAAGCUGGCCCCAGAUUUCUGCACGCUCUUCGUCCAGGUCUGGAAUGAGUUGAGCAAGAGGGCAACGACGGUGCCGGGAGACAUGCAUAUCAUAAUGGCGAGCUUGCUCGGUUUCCACACGGAACCCAUUAUGAGGCUGCCUAAGUUAGCAGACCGCAUGUCGUGCAUUUUGCGGAGCAUGGAUGGGAUUCCCGUCUCCCUGCUCUUCAAUCUCGACGGCCCGAGGCAUAACCCGACGAGGAAUCAUCGGGACCGCUGGCUGCCGCUCUAUCCUUCGAGGCAAAGGCUGGCUUUCGGGUCACCCUUUACUAAUCUGCGUUGCAUCAACGACGAUCUACACCUCCCCAACAAUACUGUGAGUCGACAGAAAGUCGCUGUCCUCGUCUGCAGCGGCGAGACCGACCCCUUUUCGAGUUGCACAUUCACGCUGCGCGAUACGACCACUGGAGAGCAGUACGCUGUGACGGUUCACCGACAAGAGGGCGAGAUGGAUGAAUUUGCGACACCGGAGAUCGGUCCGUACGUCAUCGCCAUCCAACUGGAGCCGGAGCUGGGCCACAGACCGGACGGCCAUAUUGACGGUCUGGAUGCGGUGCCCAGAACGUUUGCAGGGGCGUUACUCCGUGUCCGCAGAGUUGUCACGAACGUUAGGAGGCUCUAUUACCACGCCCUCGAGUCGGAAUACGAUAAGUCGUUCGAGUUGAUCGAGGAUGAAGCGUAUGGUGACCGUGACUUGGAGACAGCGAGCAAGCGAACGACAAAUUAUCUGGAUGGCAACCUUGCGGCGGCCUUCUCAUCACACCUCCGAGGCAUCCUGCGGACGGUCUACGAUUGCCCGUUGACGAUCUCCUGUGUGCCCGAUGCGGGAGAACCUAUUCGCUCACCACUGAAGGAGGGGCCAACAUUGCUAGCUCAACCACUUCCCGAGACCUGGCAAGUGGUCAUUGAGCGAGAGCCGCCAACGUAUCCUGUCCCACUCCCCUCGCGGCCAUCCUUCGCCGAAGCCAUCACGCCCGUUUCGGCUUACCUGACUGUCACUGCCCUCGAUGGGCUGGUCGCUAGCGGCUGCGUCGGUCUCGCCAUCGCCAUCUGCGCAACCAUGUUCUUCCGGCUCGCCACAAUCGCGAGAGCCACGAUUAUCGCCAAACUGAUACUACACUCCCUGUUUCUCAUCCAAAUGUUCAUCUUCUCCGGCAUCGAGGUGCGUCUGAUAUGGGACGUGCUGCACCUCGCCCUGGUGGCGCUCUACGCCUUCUCGCGCGUCAUCACGACAGGCGCUUCGAGAAUGGACGUGCUCGACUGGUCCUUCAUCGCGUGGGCAUUUCUCGGGCACACAGUUGACUUCGUUGCGCGGCUGUCUAUCCUGUGGUUUGUGGUUCCUGCGUUGUUUAAGAAGCAUCUGGCCUCGUUUGACAGCGAUGCGUUCCGGGACCAGGGGCGUGGAAACGGGUCGAGCAGGCACGGGAUGGCGAAUUGGUAUCAUCGGGCACGGCUGAAACUACGGGGGCGGUUCGGGCGACCCGCGGGGUACCAGGAACAACAGGUUGACUCGGAUGGCAUGCCUGGCUUUGGGCGCUUGGAGCAGCAUUUGCUGGGGGAUAUGGAAGGGCAAGUAUAAAGGUGUUUAGGUUCUGGGCUGGUGUCGAUGGGUGGAUUGAUAUCUUGGAUACCAAUGGGAAGCAGCUUGUUUGUGGUAUUGGCGUUGUCUUGUGUUGUCUUUGUAUACCCGCCGAGCGAGUUGCCAGUUUUGCGCAACCACUUUAAUGUAUGUAUGUACAUAGACACGCGAUAACUAUCUACAUGACAU